UGGAAAAGAGAAGUUGGAAGAUACCUGCAAGAAGCAGCAGCUACCUGGAAAAGCAGCAGCAGCAGCAGGGGCAGAAUUCUAAGGUUGCCGUAGCAAUGAGCAACUGCCUGCCAGCAAGCUACCUUAGUAGCAGCAAUGAACAAGCAGCUAAACACCUCAGAUCUGGCAGAUAAUGGCUGCAGAAGCCACAACCCUCUGAGACAACACUGACACCAGCUUUUCUGUGACAGAGCAGAAGUAUCCCUUUCUAUAGAGGAAUCAGAGGGAUUGCGAAGAGAGUGUCUUCGGAAAUAUCUUCUCGGAGGUACAGAGAAGAUCAUUCCUCAAAACAGCAACUCUGGCCAUCUGCAACCCUCUGCUCCAGAUCAGCCAGGCUGGGCUGGUCCUAGCCUACUCCAUUCUGGGGGAAGCCGAUCAGCUGAUGGGUGAUGAGCUGUCAAGAAGAAGCCAAAUUAUGCUAACCUACAUGAGGCAGUGAAAGCCGGUGAUGUAGAACAACUUGCAUCAAUGGUAAAAAGCGGAGCCAGUAUUAAUGAGGUGGAUUUAGUCCAUAAAUUUACACCUUUGCACUGUGCAGCGCACUCUGGAAGCCUGGAGUGUCUUCACUGGCUGCUCUGGCAUGGGGCUGAUAUAACAGCUUUAGCUAUAAGAGACUGGACAGCAGCUCACCUCGCUGCUAUCGGAGGUCAUGAUACUUGUAUGCAGGCCCUUGUAAUGAAUGGAGUAAACUUAACAGCUCAAGAUGACCGAGGAUGCACUCCAUCACACCUAGCUGCAGCCCAUGGACAAUCAUACACUUUACAAACCAUACUCCGGAGUGGAAUGGAUGCAAAUGUUUCAGAUAAGAAUGACUGGAAACCGGUUCAUUAUGCUGCUUUUCAUGGCCGCUUGGGUUGUUUGCAGCUUCUUAUUAGAUGGGGAGCUACUAUAAAUGACGCGGAUAACAAUGGAAAUCUUCCAGCUCAUCUGGCAGCAAUGGAGGGCCACCUGCAUUGUUUUAAGUUCUUGGUUAGUAAAAUGGCCUGUGUGUCUCACACCUUGAAAGCCAGGAAUGACCAUGGGGAGACCCCAAAGGACUUGGCACAGAGAUUCUAUAAGGAUAAUAUUGUACAGUACAUCGACAGCGUGGAACAUGAGAGAGAUCAUCCAGAAGAACAGGAAAAUUUAGCAUUUCCAGGUCAUGUUGCUGCCUUCAAAGGGGACUUGGUGACACUUAGAAGAUUAGUGGAAAGUGGAAUCAUCAAUAUUAAUGAGCGGGAUGAUAAGGGAUCCACUCUCAUGCACAAAGCUGCUGGACAAGGACACAUAAGCUGCUUGCAAUGGUUGAUUGGUAUAGGAGCUGCUUGUGACAUUACGAAUGAAGCUGGAGAGACUCCAAAAGACGUAGCCAAAAGAUUCGCCCAGUUGGCAGCUGCGGAGCUUUUGAGACGGGCAAUGGGAGACGAUUCUGAUGAAGAAAUAGAUGACAACGAUGAAAGGUUUUUCGACAGACAUGGUGUGGAAGGGAGCACAGACACCACGGAAGAUUUCAUUCCAGAUGAAGCAAAAAAAAGGGACGCCCGCAUCAGAGCCUACCAAAAGAUUGAAAAACUUCGGCAACUUCUAGAAAUUGCCUACAGCAACUACAAACAGCUGGGAGGAAUAACUGUAGAGGAGAGGAAGAAGAAGAAAGAAGAAAGGGAGGCUGAAAAGAUGGUUAGAGAACUGGAGGCCCAGCUGGAAUACGAGCGUGUCCGUCGAGAGAAGCUGGAGCGUCAGCUAGAUGAAUACCGAGCAGAGACAAGCCACCUUAAAGAGUGUCUGGAGAAACUGCAGCUCACACCCACCAUCUCAGGGAUGAGUGUCUGCCCUCAGGAAGGCGAGGCUGCCUCUAAUUUAGGCAAAGAGAAAAAGAAAAUGAAGAAAAAGCCACCAGGCAGCCCCGGCGGAGUGUUUGUAAGACGAUACUGAGAGACCGUCCAGUUUGGCCAAUGUAGGCAGAGGGGCAUUGCUGGCACAUGAUGGCAUAUAUCACAUUGGUAGACCUAUUCAUGAUGACGAC